GCUAAUGGUCGCUAGAAAAACCGCACAGUACGGCGUAAAUGAGUAAUCGCUCAUAAACGUUGACAGAAGAAGCUACAAAUCCAUCGUUAUCACCGUCCUUCGCUACGAGACCACCCAUCUGAUUCCAAACAAGAGAAGUGACAGUGAAUUGAACGAUCUGCGACGUGACGUGCCCAGUGAUUAGUCAGAAGAGAAAGAGAAAUAGUCAAGUCAUUCUAACGUUACGUUAGUUUCUACCUCCACUGCUCAGGCUCCAUGGUCAAGUGCAGUGUGAGUGUAAAUUGUAAUGAUGAACGACAACUAACAGAGGCUCUGAGUGAGAGUGGAACAGUACUGUCAGUGGAACGUGAACUGGAGUGGAAGCAGUGACGAGUCAGCUCAGAAGAUAAACUGAACUGAACGGAAAAAAAGGUCAGGAUUUAGAUAACUACAGACACCCAAGUCUCUGAAGCAACAUAGGCCAGUUUCUUUUCACAUGAGAUUAUAAUCAUCACUCCUUUUGUCAUCAGAGAGACGUUACAAGAAAAAGUAAUCUUCAUUCCACCUCCAGAGAUUUUCUUCUCGCAGUCCGAACUUCCAGCAUCAUCAUGAAAUUAUUCAGUAUCGUCGUCCUUUACAAAGGUCCCACCAAAGUGACAAUUUUGAAGUCAGCAAGUGACUUGUCUUCUUUUGGCUAUUUUCAGAAAUCAAGUGUUCAAGAGUUCAUGAACUUUACAAGCAAAAUUGUUGUAGAAAGAACGCAGCAGAAGAUGCGCGCAUCUGUGAAAGAGCAAGAUUACAUUUUCCAUGUCAUGUGUAAAGAAAGUAAUCUUUCAGGAGUUAUCAUCUCAGAUGGGGAUUAUCCCCCACGCGUUUCAUUUACACUCUUGAAUAAGAUACUAGAUGAGUUUGCAAGUGCUGUGUCACCCUCAACAUGGGGAACAGUCAAAGAAAAUAGUGCAAAUUAUCAAGGACUUGAAUCAUAUCUUUCCAAGUAUCAGAAUCCAUCAGAAGCAGAUCCAAUGAUGAAAAUUCAGAAAGACCUUGAUGAUACCAAAGUUAUAAUGCACGAUACGAUAGAAUCAAUGCUGACCCGUGGAGAGAAGUUAGAUGAUCUAGUAGCAAAAUCAGAUGACUUGAGCGCUCAAUCAAAGACAUUCUACAAAACGGCACGGAAAACAAACUCCUGCUGUGUUAUACAGUAAAGAACAUUUCUGUGAUCAGCGACACCUCAUGUAAGCACUCGUCAUUAUAGAUGUUGGACUUAUUCAGCAAUGCACAUGUGGUAAAAAGGCAUGGCUUGUAUCUCUCUAUAUAAAAAAGAACAUGCCAAUGAUCUUUGUAAACUGUUGAUGAUGAUGAUCUCUGGAUGGAUAUGUGAUGAGAGAAUCGGAUGAUGGUAGUGACACUGCAUUUAUGUACCGAACUUUGAAAAAGCAAGCUUGUGCUUGCCAAGGGACCUACAGCUGUUAAGAAUCAUUCCUAUCUGAGGGACUAGUAAAACUCUGAUGAAUAUCAUAUGAGAUGACAGAUGACCACCAAGCUUGUAUUGCAAUGUCCUAGACACCAUUCAUAUUGCCUCUAGUGCUGGUGUAAUUGAAUAGUAUUAUGGAGCUUUUGUUUAAGGCGACAAUGAAGUUGAUGACGUACAUUGUAAAAGCAUGUUUUUGGUUGAUCCUUUUGUACGUGCUCAUGACUGGAUGUCCGUCGGUCAUCAGAAAUCUAUUAUGGAUUUUAGGGUUCUGCCAUGAUAACACAGCCAAAUUUGUUGUUGGACCUAUGUAUAACUUACAGUAUUGUAUGCUGUGGUGCCAUCAGAUUCUGGUCAGAAGAUAUAGAGAUGUAAGCUUAGCUAUUUUGUAUUAACAAUCGUUGGACCCCCUUCCCUUUGCUCAGAAUGUUUAGGCACCACUGAUGUCAUAGAAAUUUGAUAAUCUAUACAGAUUUAAGACCUUCAGCCAUUCAUUAUGUAAGAUUUUUAUAGUUUUAGAUAUGCCAUGCAAUGGCAUGUUUUCUGGAGACUUUGCAAACUUAUGCUUUACUAUUUGGCUGCCAUUGAGAGUAUAUGCCUGGCCAGUUGCAGUCCUGGGGGGUGUUCCACAAAGAUUUAAGUAUGACUUAGAGUCGCAAUUAAAUGCCUACAUGUAGUUGCAUGAGUUAUGAAAGGCAUGACCACAUUGGUCAGAUCAUACCAAGAGGACGCACACUACUGCGUAUUGAUCAACGGGAUUGCACGUUGCUUAUCCUGUAUGCAUCAGCAUUUAAUUGCGACAAUAAACACCCCCCUGAAUACAUAAUGUAUUCGCAGAAUAGAAAAUCAAUGUCACAGGUUCAAAGCUAAACUUGCUGGUAAAAUCGUAUGUGAUGGGAAAACACAUAAUUUGAGGCACAAGACCUAUUACAUUGUGAUUGGAGACUGGCUUCAGCCACAGAUCUAUAUUUAUUCUUAUUAAGAUUGUAAUUUCCCAUGAAACAUGAAAUAUUUUUCUAAUGCCUUUGAGUGUAAAAUAAAGUAAUAUUCAUCACUAAUGUUGCAAAGUAAAUGUAUGGGAUUGAAUAAAAUAUAGUGGAUACACAUGUCGUUAUGUAAUUAUGAAUUCAUGGGAAGACAUUUUGCAAUGACAAUUUAUUGGACCGUGAUGAUUGGAUCUCUUAAUCAUUAAUUCAGUGCUCUUUUUUUUAUAAAGCUGUUUGUAAAUUUAUAAAUCACAUUUGACUUGAAUAUGAACUUUUCAUAAUAUGCUCCCAAAUUUCUCUAGCAUAAGAAAGAAAGACUAUAUUUCAUUAUUUUCAUAACCUCAUCUAGUUUUUGGUCCCAUGUAUUUUAUUCCAAGGUAAUAUAAACAAUGAUGACUGAAAAUCUGUAAAUCUUUUUCCUUCAGCAAGAAACUGAUCCACAGUGUGCUGCACUCAACCCAGGUGAGGUAAAUGGGUACCGGUAGGAAGUAAUUCCUUAAAAAGCUGUGUGCGCUAUGAACGCCUAGCUUAGCCGGGUAAUAUAGGAGCGCCUUGAGCACCUAACAAGGUGGAUAUGUGCGCAAUAUAAAUACCCUAUAUUAUUAAAUAAAUUGUGAGCAAUUCUUUCCAGCUUUAUUUUUCCCAUAAAUAUUCCUGAAUUGUAGCAACCUUUAUGAAAAAGGACCUUUAUUUUCAACAUGCAAGCCUGUUUGCCCAUUAUUUCCUUUACAAUGAUUACCAAACUACAUGCACAUUGCAAUUGUCUUGUGUGCUUGUUCAGUGGUUUAUAUCUUGCAGCUAUCAGCAGCUACCCAGAAUUUUCACAUUUAUACAGUAUGAAUAUUGUUUAACAUUUCAUCAUUUUAUAAUGACUUGAACACAAAUUUUGUUUUGCUGCUUUUAUUUUUGUAUGAAAUAUUUCACUCAAAGGAAAUUGUACUUUGCUAUGGUUCUUACUUUUUAAAUCAAAGUUAUUUUUGCUGUCAAAGCUUGCUGAAUAUAUAUUUAUUACACAGAAAUUACAUGAUAAAUAAACAGGAAGUUGAAGUACAGAAUAAUCCAAAACAAAACAAGUACUGCUUGUUGCCAGAAGCUGUCAUUUGAUACAUUUUUGUUAUAGUUUCAGCCAGGGACUUGAUGAAUUGAUACAAAGUAUAAAGAAUGACUCAAACAAGAGUCACACUUAUCCCUUGUGAUUUGGUCCGGGGGGGGGGGGGGGGCAACUACAUUGACGAAUGGAUACCAUGCGCGACCAAAAAAACACAAACACGUAAAAGGAUGUCUUUUUCAAGAUAACGUGAUAAGGGUGUCAAACACACAAAAAUAAUGAAAAAAGGGUAUCUAUUUCGCUAGAAAAGCUACGUGUUUAGGGUCAAAUUUGCGGGGAUGAUAAACAAAAUUAAAAUGUUUUAUAAAGGAUGUCCUUUUUGCCCCAACACUACGUGUUUAGAGUCCGAUUUGCGCGAGGUGUGAAAGGUGGGGUCGUACUAACCAAAUGGUGUGUAAAGGUAAAACCGACGACCGACGGACCUGUGACAUAACGAUAAAAUAUCGCUGUACUUGUUUAGGGGUUCAUUUCAGAGAAUAUACUUGCCAAGAGUAUCGUUUUGUUUCCAAUACUUGUUAAGGGUAGGGUUUAAGACGCCAAUACUUGUUAAGGGGUGCAUUUUAAGAGUAUGGAAAAUAUGUGUUUAGGGUGCUUUUCGAGACC